CUUCUCAGAUCGCGCAGUUGCCGUAAUACUUGAAUAAAUUCCAAGGAACAUAAAUCUCAUGCCGAUUUGUAUUGUUAGAAUAACUUAGAGUGCAUCGACACCAGUUUCUAAAUUAAUUUUUGUAAUGGAUUCAUUAUAGCACGCGGAAGGAUCUCUACAUGUAAAAUACUUAAAAUAAUCAUUUUUCGCCAUGCCACCAACCCGCCUCAUCCUCCCGCGCCCACACCAGUUUACCUCGUCUCCCGUCCAACACUCGAGACGAACAUUUCUCAGCUCCAUUCUCGCCUCUGCGCCCGUGCCGCCACAAACUCUCACAGCCUCUCGUCGUCUCCCAUACAACCACGCCGCUCUCUACAGCAUAAUAGCUGAUAUUGACAGGUACAGCGCCUUCCUACCAUACUGCAGUUCUUCGCGUGUGACGUCCUGGACGGCGCACAAGGACUCCGAGUUCAGUCGUCACUGGCCGACUAGAGCCGACCUUACAGCUGGCUGGGGUGGUAUAGAACAGACCUACACGAGCCGCGUAUUCUGCGUGCCGGGGUCCAUCGUGGAGGCUUUGAGCGGCGACGGCGCGCGUAGUGGGAUUGCGCCGGAUAUACUGGCCAAGUACGGUCUGAAAGAUGAGCCAACUGCUACGCCUUCUUCGACAAUAGGGAGUGGGCGCAGCGGCGAGGAGGGCGUGUUCAAGACUCUAGUGACGCGGUGGACCGUGACCCCUAAUGCAUCAGACGGCAGAGGCGAGCAAACUGAGUGGAGUGACGUGAACCUGAACAUUCGCUUCCAGUUCGCGAAUCCACUAUAUGGGGCUGUCAGCUCGGCCGUCGCGGACAAGAUCGCGCCGAUAAUGAUCGAAGCAUUUGUCGAGCGAGCGAGGACAAUUCUAGGGUAGUACCAUGAACGGCAUCUAGAAAUGUCAUCAACUUGACACUAAAUACUAGAUGUUUUGGACAAAACUCUCAUACUAAAGAAAACCACGAGCGACUCAAGGAUUGCCUCAAGACAUCCGUCUUUACUUCAUCAUUGACGUACCCGAAAACGCAAUAUACCUUCAUAUAGAUACACCUUUCUACUUCUUAGAUUGUAUACCACGACAUAGGUAUAUAGACGACUCACGGCAGAGAAAGUCGUUAGAGCACAAUAACAAGUUCUAUCAAGUUGAGAGUAUUCGAUUUUUUUUCUGUAUACUUUCUUGGAUCUUACAAAACGCAAAUAAAUCAGUGCAAGUGACCCGAAGCAGUUAGGGACACCUAGUCGUAGGGAAAAUUUUCUAGACCAAAUACCAAUCGCAAAUCUCUCCCUGCCUGGACUUCUUCAUAGCCGCCUGUGCUUACGCCUGCGAACCGCCGCUGCCGCCGCCAUUCCCAUAUGCCUUUCAUAUAAUCGUCCCUCUUGAUCUCGUCCAGUAACACGUCACU